UACAUCCCAGCAUUGGUCAGCGAAAAAGGCAUCAAUGAUGACCUUUUGACUGACAAAUUUAUAAGUGACCACCCGACCAUGACUGUACUAUUCAUUUGUCCCACCUAAUGUGAUCUUUAAGACGACAGCAAUAUCGCUUUCAUGUAUAUAUAUCUAUCAACCGAUUCAUUUCAAUCAAGAUUUUAGACUUCACAACAACAAUGGCGCCCGAUAGAGGCACAAUGCAGUCUCCCGUCGACUACCAAUCAAUAUCCACCCGCACAUCCGAAGACGAUGAUCUUGCAUUGCAGCGCAGACGAAGCGAGCAACGAAGAUUCAUAGCUGCGCAUGCGGGAGAAGGGCAGAAUUUCACAGUACGGGGAAUACUCGUUGGUUUGGGCGUUGGAUUGAUAAUAUGUUUUUCCAAUAUGUAUUUUGGUCUGCAGACAGGCUGGGUCUCUUCUAUGGCCAUGCCUGCUUCACUUAUUGGAUUUGCAUUCUUCAAGACCUUAUCGAAACAUCUUGAUUUACCAUUUACUCCGGUGGAAAAUGUCUUGGUGCAGACGGUAGCUGGAUCAAUGGGAACGAUGCCUUUGGGCUGUGGAUUUGUUGGUGUUAUGCCGGCGUUGAAUUAUAUGUUGAAAUCAGAAGAGCAGGGACCGAUAUUCUUGAGUACUUGGAAACUUAUACUUUGGUCAUUGGGGUUAUGCUUUUUCGGGGUGGUAUUCGCGGUUCCAUUGAGACGACAGGUUAUCAUUAGGGAGAAACUGAAGUUUCCAUCUGGGACAGCGACUGCGUUGAUGAUUGGCGUUUUACAUGGAAAGGAGACUAGUGAAGGCGAGCCGCCCAUCUUGACUUCCGGGAACGUUGAUGAAAUAGACGAAAGAGAGACUAGAAGUUAUACAGAUGAGACUGCGGCCGACGUAGAAGAGGUUACCAAGGCUGAGGGAAGCAGCUGGAAAUCAAAGGUUAAGCUGUUAUUAGUCUCGUUCGGGAUAUCAGGGUUUUACACUCUGGCAACUUAUUUCUUUCCCAUUUUACGGAAGUUACCAAUUUUUGGUACUGCAAUUGCUCAAAAUUGGUUAUGGACUUUGAAUCCAUCCCUUGCAUAUGUUGGACAGGGGAUUAUUAUGGGUCCGGCGACAACUACACAUAUGCUCCUUGGAGCAUUCCUUGGUUGGGGAAUACUUUCUCCUCUAGCCAAAUAUAGGGGCUGGGCUCCUGGACCAGUUAGUGAUUGGGAGACGGGAAGCAAAGGUUGGAUUGUUUGGAUCUCACUAGCUAUAAUGUUGGCCGAUUCAGUUAUCAGUCUUGGAUACAUCGCUUUUACCCCUUUGAUAAGGAAUGGCGGACAUUAUAUCAAUGAGGCUCAAAAAAAGAUCAACACACGUGAUUGGAGGGGUCUUUUAUCAAUUACAAUACCACGAUCCACCACGGGAUAUGCUCCUAUAAACAGCGAUCGUCGGGGUGAACAUGCAUCAAGUGGUGAUAUAUCAUUACUUUCAGGUAGUAAUAUACAGACCGAAGUGAAAGAUCUACCAGAACCCGAUGCCCCUCCAGAACAUCUCGUCAAUUCUCAGACUGUCUGGAUUGGUCUUAUCCUCUCCAUUGUUUUCUGUGUAUUCAGCAUCCGCGUUGUAUUUGGUGAUCUAGUUCCCCUAUACGCUACCAUCGUCGCCGUUUUAAUUGCCCUCGUCCUCUCCAUCAUGGGUGUUCGAGCCUUGGGAGAAACUGACCUCAACCCUGUCUCUGGAAUUUCUAAACUAGCUCAACUAUUCUUCGCCCUUAUCAUUCCUCAAUCCAACAAAAACUCUAUCCUUAUAAACCUCAUCGCAGGAGCAGUUUCCGAAGCUGGCGCUCUCCAAGCCGGUGAUUUGAUGCAAGAUCUCAAAACAGGACAUCUUUUAGGUGCAGCACCAAACGCGCAAUUCUGGGGCCAAAUCAUCGGAAGUGCAGUUGGUGCUGUAGUAAGCGCAUUGAUCUAUAAACUUUAUACAAAUGUAUAUCAGGUUCCCGGAGAUCUAUUCCAGGUUCCCACUGGAUAUGUGUGGAUUUUCACGGCGAGAUUGGUUACCGGGAAGGGAUUACCACAUAUGGCUGCUGAGUGGGCAUUUGGUGCUGCAGUUAUCUUUACAGGAACUACGUUAUUAAGAAUUUAUGCUACGGGAAAGAAAUGGCAUUCUUAUAUUCCUGGAGGUAUUGCGGUGGCUGUUGGUAUGUCUUAUUCUUAAUUUCUCUUUCUUUCUUUCUUUCUUUCUUUCUUUCUUCCUUCUCCACAUUCUUUUUUCGUUUUUUUAAUAAAUACUAAUUCAAAUAAAAAUAGGCAUGUAUAAUACUCCAGCCUUUACUCUCGCUCGUGCAAUAGGUGGAUUCAUUAAUUUAUACUGGCGUUCGUAUAGAAAGAGAGAGGAGACUCCAAUUGUGGUAUUGGCUAGUGGAUUGAUUUUGGGAGAGGGUGUGGUUAGUAUUGUUAAUUUGGGGCUGGCGAGUGCGGGGGUGCCGCAUUUAUGAUCGGAUGGGCGGGUGUUGGAGGGUGGGGAAAGACGGAAGG